CGUCAUUUGACUCUCACCUCUAUUCACUUCUUUCUAGUUCCCCUUACUCUCUGUAAGUCCUCUCAGUCUCCUACAUCCUGAAUUCUGGUCUGUACGUCCGUUCACAUAGAAUGCAUUCAUUGUGUGAUCUUGGGAAGAUUUAUUUCGGCAGUGUGUAGCUAAGCAGAUUUCUCUUCAGGGGAAAUCACUUGGGGCCGCCAAUCGUGUCCCGAUCAAGCACGUUUUAGUAAAACAGAAAGAACCGACUUUAAUUUAUUUUUUAGUAAGGGAGAUGCAAUUAUAAAACGUCAUUCACAUUGAAGAAGCAUAAUACCACGUGCCAAUGCUGUCCUACUACUGAGACCAAUGUGGAGCAUGUGCUGAAAAUUCACCAGCUGCAGGAUCUGUCCCAAAAAGCAGGGCCUCCCACUCAGAAGCUCGGCCAUAACUAACCACUUACACAGAUUUUCAUUUCCCUUUGACGAAAAAAAAAAACAGGUCAGUUCCUCUAACCUGCCCGACUGGACUUUUUUUUAGUGAAUUUGCCUCUCAUCACUUCUGUUCUGCUUCUGUAUAAAUGCCAACUGGAUCAACAUGACAGCUCUAAACUCCAGCCAGGGCCAUCACAGACUGUCACAUUAUCAAGAUGUACAUGUUACUGCUCAGCGUGUUGCAUGUCGUCCUACGAGUGGCAUCGGGCAGCCACCAUGAGACCAUCGAGACUCUCAUGCCGAAUGUGCUUGUGUUGAAUGUGGACCUCAAGGACUUCAUAGAGAGGGAUGUCGAUCUGAGCUGUGGGGACGCCUACCAGGACCCAGACAUCACCUGGAUGAAAAGUGGGAGACGCGUGGGAGUCGGCAACAAAAUCACGGUGAAAGUGGAGGAGAUGCUGGCAGGGAACUACAGCUGCCACGGCAGAGACGGAGUCUACCUGAAUCACACGCUGGUGCUGGUGCAGGACAGGCAGCCGCACGGCGGACCACGGCGCAUCUUGGAGUCCCACGACAAAGACAAAAUCGAAUACAUAAGAUGUUUUGCAAGGAAUUACAGUGGAGUAUUUCACUGCUCUUGGAAGAAGAACGUGCACUGGACGUCCGCCUCUGUGAUUUUGGUCCAAGCAGCACGGUUCUCCGGCAGCAACAUCUCCUGUUAUGUUGACGGGGAUGGUGCCGGCAUGAUCUGUCAGGACUUGGACAGCUGUCCCUUUGGAGAGGAGGUGUCCCGGAUCAACCUGACGGUAUACUUCAGGAAAAACUACCUCCUGGAGGAGUACACCACCACUCCCUUCUUGAUCAGAGAAAUAGUGAGGCCAGAUAGAGUUCACUCCAUCGAGGUCAAUGGAGACAAGUUUCAUUGGAAAGCACCCAUGACCUGGAGCAGCCCCUGUUCUUACUUCCCCCUGUUAUUCCAAGUCAAAGCAGUAGACUGUGGGGAAAGCUGCGACUCUGACAGAGAGGUGAUUAUGAAGGCGGUCACCAUGAAUCACACAUUCGACAUCCUUUCCUAUGAAGACAGGUAUCGUUUCUGCAUCCAGGCCAAGGAUGAACUGGUCGACUCCCCCUGGAGUCAGUGGGCCUAUUUUGAGUUAAAUGAAGAAUAAACAUUGAAGGCAAGCCAACCCAGAUGACGACCAACAUCACAUCACCGCUCGACUUCAAUCAACACAUCCACCUAUGGGAUUGCCUUGGAACUGUGCAGAUUGUUAGUUUUACAUUAUAAGUUAUGCAAUACUGCUAGUAGUUUUGUAAUGUAAGGCACAUAUUUAUUUUUAUUUAUUAUUCUGUAAUUUUAUUAUACCAUGACUUAUUAAUAAAGCUAGAAUCCUUAUUUGCUACAUAAUUUUUGUACAUACAAAAUAAGAGCUUAAUGGGCUCUCAAAUUUUGUUUAACUGUUGUGGCCCAUCAACACUACACAAAAAGCAAAACAGACUAUAAAUUGCUUUGUUAUUGAUUCAAAUAAGGAAUCUAGCUUUACUCCCGAGUCAGUGAUGGUUUUCAUUACUGCAUCAUGACCUUUUUGUACAACUGAUUACAUGGACCUUAUAAUAAAAGUGC